AUGGCAACCAUGGAGAUUAGGGUGGCCAACAAGUACCGGCUCGGCCGCAAGAUCGGCUCGGGAAGCUUCGGAGACAUCUACCUCGGCACGCACAUCUCGACCGGCGAGGAAGUGGCGAUCAAGCUGGAGUCGAUCAAGAGCAAGCACCCGCAGCUGCUGUACGAGUCUAAGCUGUACAAGAUUCUGGGCGGCGGCGUGGGCAUCCCUACCGUCCGCUCCUUCACCGUCGAGGGGGAUUACAACGUGAUGGUGAUGGACCUGCUCGGUCCGUCGCUGGAGGAUCUCUUCAACUUCUGCGACAGGCGCCCGAUCCGAGAAUUUGUUUGGUAUUGCUAA